AUGAGCAGGUCGAUCGCCAACGUGGAGGCCGCCCUGAUGCAGGUAGUUGGAACCGCGGAAGACAACGAAUGCAUCAAGUGCCAGGAGGGCGGGGGCCAAUUUCACCAAUGUGUGAUUGUGUGUGAUGUGACGACCCAUUGUGCCAACUGCCGCUGGAAUGGCAAGCGAGGACGCUGCACGUUUGAGCUAGAGGAUGUGCCUCAACCAUCAGACGCAUCUCCUAUGCCAGGCCUGCGCGCCAAUCUUCCCCCUCAUGAUCCUCAGCCCACCCAGCCGAAUCUUCUCGAUGGCCCGGUCCAGCAACCUCCUCUGCCGGAUCUGCAGGUCGACUCUCGCCCCCGCAAUCCUCGGACAACGCAGUCAGAUCCCUUCGUCAGCCCAGAUGAGCAGCCUCCUCUCGAUGAGGCAACUUCUGCCCCAUCGGUUGAGGAACGGCUGAUGCGCAUCGACCGCAGAAACGUCCGGUAUUCCAGAAGAGUCAGUCGCGUUGAGGCACGACACUCCAGGCGCCUGGACCAGCUGGGUCAGAGCCAGGAUAGCGUCGAUGCAACCCUGAACCAGAUGCAGAGUGAUCUUACUCUGCUCUUCCAGCGAACUCGGUCCCGUCAACCCCGUCAACCCCGCCGGCGCCAGUGA